AAUUAGCAAAGGCUGGUAGGAAAUGUGACAAAAGACUUCUCCCUCGACUGGGAAAAUUUAGAACAAUAACAAAGAUGGCGUCGACGGCAAGUACGCUUGGGGAGUUUCCAUGUUGGGGUCUUCUGCCGAGAAAAGAAACUGGGGUUGUAAGUUUAAUCACAAAGAACCCAACAUUUGAUGGCCGAGGUGUUGUCAUCGCUAUCUUUGAUUCAGGCGUAGAUCCGGGUGCUCCUGGACUUCAGGUAACAACAGAAGGAAAUGUAAAAGUUAUAGAUCGGAUCGAUGCAUCAGGAGCGGGAGAUGUGGACACCUCGACAGUGGUGCAGCCAACAGAUGGUAUUAUCACUGGUAUUAGUGGACAUAAACUUACGGUUCCUGAGUCUUGGGUGAAUCCUUCAGGGAAGUUUCACAUUGGGUUAAAGAGCGCAUAUUCACUUUACCCUCAUCGGUUACAAGAGAGAGUGUUAAAAGAAAGAAAAGAAAAAAAUUGGGAUCCCAUCCACAAAGAGUUGUUAGCUGAAGCUCAGAGGAAAGUACAGUCCUUAGAAAGUAGUAAGAGUAAUGGAAGUACCAGCACAAAUGGCAAUAAUGGCAGUAGUAGUCUGAUUGAGAAGCUAACCAAGGAGGAUGCAGAGGCCAGGGUCUCACAGCUCAACGCUCUAGAGAAGAAGUUCAGCGAUCUGGGACCGGCCUAUGAUUGUGUCGUUUAUUAUGAUGGAGAUGUGUGGAGGGCAUGUAUUGACACAUCUGAGCGUGGGGACCUGGAGAAUGGGAUCCACCUGGGGGAGUACAGGGUCACUCACCAGUGGGCAUCCCUCACCUCCACCGACCAGUACAACAUUUCUAUCAACGUACAUAAUAAUGGAAAUAUUCUCGAAAUAGUUGGCAUGUGCUCCAGCCAUGGUACUCAUGUAGCAUCCAUUGCUUCGGCGAACUUUCCUGACAAUCCAGAAAGAAAUGGUGUUGCACCAGGUGCUCAGAUAGUCUCCAUUACUAUAGGUGACAAUCGUAUUAACAGCAUGGAGACAGGAACUGCAUUAGCACGAGCAAUGUUGAGGGUAAUGAAGAACCCUUACUACAAAGUUGAUGUUAUCAAUAUGAGUUAUGGUGAACAUGCACAUUGGUCUGAUUCUGGUCGAUUAGGAGAGUUGGCACAUGAAGUAGUCAACAAAUAUGGGGUUUUAUGGGUAGCAUCAGCUGGCAACCACGGCCCAGCUCUUGCUACAGUGGGAGUUCCUCCAGACUUUCAGAGUGACUCCAUCAUCGGUGUUGGUGCCUAUGUGUCACCAGACAUGAUGAUGGCUGAAUACUCCAUGAUAGAAAAACUUCCUGGUUGUCCAUACACAUGGUCGUCUAGAGGACCCACAGCUGAUGGAGCAAGAGGCGUGACUGUGUGUGCACCCGGUGGAGCAAUCACCUCUGUGCCAACAUUCACACUGAGAAGCAACCAGCUGAUGAAUGGAACAAGCAUGGCAUCUCCACACACAGCUGGUUGUGUUGCCUUGAUAAUAUCUGCGCUGAAGCUCAAGUCCAUUCCAUAUUCCCCAUACUCCGUCCGUCGCUCAAUACAAAAUACCGCUCUCAAUUUAGAUGUUGAUGUCUUUGCCCAAGGUCAUGGAAUAAUCCAGGUAGACCGUGCUGUGGACCAUUUAUUGGAGCAUUCAAAUGGAGUAGAAGACACUGUACGAUUUAUGGUAGAAUGUGGCAGUGACAGGAGAAAGGGGAUCCACUUACGUAACUGGAAGGCCGACAAACCUAUAGACAUGUCAGUAGUGGUAGAACCUAUAAUGCUAAAUGACACCCAAGCAGAUCCGAAUGAUAAAUUAGCAUUCUGCAUGGAGUUGGUAUUGACUUGUGAUGCUCCCUGGGUCAAGGCACCAAGUUGCCUGCAAAUGUCGUAUACAGUCAGGUCAUUCCAGUUAAGCAUAGAUCCACGUGGCCUUGAGAGAGGACGAGUGUACUUCACUGAAGUGAAGGCAUAUAACUCAAGCAAUGUAGAAAAGGGUGUCAUGUUUGAGGUCCCUAUCACGGUUGUUGUCCCUACUGUAGAUCUCCUUCAUGGCUACCAUUAUGCCUGUCCAGCUGAGGUGUUUCGGGCAGGGUUUAUUCGGCGUCACUUUCUGUACGUGCCAAUUGAGUCUACGUGGGCAACUGUGACUCUUAAGGCAUCUCAUUCAGACAAGUGCCAAAGAUUCACGCUACAUGCUGUUCAACUUAAACCCAAGUGUAGCGUCAAAACUCUCGAGUAUUACAAGGUAAUUAAUUUAGGUUGCAAUGAAGUUAGUACACAAAUAUUUGGAGUACGAGGUGGCUACACAAUGGAGCUCUGUCUCGCCCGCUGGUGGUCAAGUCUAGUUGAUGGACAAGUUGAGAUCUCCGUUGAUUUUCACAGUCUUCGCCCAUCACAAGAAGAGGUUACGUUAUUCUGUAGUGAUGGGGUGCAGAGAGUGGAUGUUCGAGCAGGAUUACGGCCAGAGGAGAUGUCUCCACAGGCUACCCUCAAGCAUCAUACACAGGUGGUGACGCCAACGGAAAGUAAAGUUGAGGUGCUGGGAGGACCUCGUGAUACCAUCCCUGGGUGUCGACCAAUUUAUCAGCUGCUGUUGUCAUACAACCUCUCUCUAUCAAAGUCUGCUGAAGUUACUCCGAAGUGUGCACUGCUAAAUGAUGUCUUGUACGAGUCUGCUUAUGAGUCUCAGUUAUGGAUGCUGUUUGAUCAUAAUAAACAGCUUCUAGGUUCUGGAGAUGCUUAUAGUAAUAAAUAUUCCAUCAAAUUAGACAAAGGUGACUAUACAGUCAGGCUUCAUGUGCGACAUGAACGACCAGACUUACUAGAAAAACUCUCUGACCUUCCUCUUACAGUGCUCACCAAGUUGGCUCAAGAGGUAAAAUUGGAUAUAUACACAUCUUUCAAUGCAGCAGUGACUUCAGGCAAGAAGGCUCAGCCUAUGACUUUGAGCACUGGCACCAACCAACCCAUCUACCUCACAGCUCCCAGCCUAUCUGAUAAGACUCUGAAGGGCCUUGGGCUGACCCCUGGUCAAGCUUUAUUAGGUAGCCUGUCGUUUGCUAAGGAUGAGCAAGUUCGGAAAGCUGUAAGUAGCCACAAGUUUGGGCCCAUACGUACUAUGCCGGAUCAAUAUCCACUACGGGUGGUCGUUACAGAACUGCCUUGUAAGAAACGCAGUGCUGGUAGUAGCAACAGCAGCAACUCAGAAGAGAAGAAAGAGACUAAGACACAGGCUGAUUAUCUUGAAGCCUUGCGGGAUCUACAAACUGCUUGGAUAGCUAAACUAGAUUGUGAAAGUGGGGAACAACUACAUAAAGAGGUUAUGGCUACUCACCCAGACCAUCUUGCUGCCCAGUUAGCCCGACUGCAAUCUUUAGAUGCUGCAGGAGCACAGAACAGAGCAGCAGUAAUAGUGCAGGCUGCUCGGAUCAUAUCAGCAGUGGAUACAGCUCCUCUGCUAGCCUUCUAUGGUACCAAGACAGACACUAGGUCAGAUGCUGCAAAGAUCAAAACACAGAUGGACAAACAGCGUAAUACUCUGCUUGAAGCUUUCUCCCGGCAAGGAUCAGCCCUUUGUGCGGACAUUCUUGCUCUACCAGCAACGGAGCGUACCCCAGAAGCCAUAGAACAGGUGGACAACCUUGCUGUUGACAUUAUGAAGUUUGUAGAACCAUCAGAUUCAAAGGUGAAUGCCUUCUUUGCCAGUUACUACCAAGUUCGUGGAUUUGAUGGACUUGCCGUGCGGUUAAUUACCCGCCAGUGUGAUGAAAAAUGGACUAGGGAGAAUGAUGCAAAGUUAACAGAUGCUUACAAUCGACUGGGCUGGACCCACAUUUCUACAAUUAUUGCUAGUUCCCAUCCACUCCGGUUUCCCACCAGCUAUACACCUUUCUAAGUGUAUAAAGCAAGUUUUCAGAGAAUAUAUCUUUAGCUACUUUGAUUACUCUGCUGCCAUAAGGUUGAUACAUGAAAGCUUUUAUAAAUCGAUUAUUUUGCAUCCACUGUUCUUUGAAUUAUCUGAAGUCUAUACCACCAAUGGUAUAUGGAACUUUAUACAUUAACCCCUUAGACUCUGCUGGCAUAUGCCCACACGCCUGUGAAGGUCUAAUUAUAGCACCAAUUGUCGUUUUGUGAUGUCUCUGCAUACUUUAGUGUCCCUCCUCUUAUAAGAGGAGCUCUUCGGAUGCAUCUCAGAAUGGCGAUUUUUUCUAAAGAGAUGUCAGGCAGGAUCACCACAAAAUAACUCCUCCCACCAUAUUUCAUGAAUGAAUUGCAGCCAGCCAGCCAAUUUCUGGUUAGUAACAUCUUUGAG